AUGUAUGCCCACAGAUUUCAUGUUGGGCUUGGAACCCGUGAGGGCGAACAAGCUAUGGAAAAUAUGCAUACGGCCUAUGUGAUGAUGCCCGCAAAUAAUUAUGGGACCGAAGCGGCUCAUUUUUACUUUGGGUAUAUGGAUAUAUGCACCAAUCUUUACCGGAACACACUCAACGAGUCGUAUCUGGACGAUUGCCUUUGGGAGGUUGGGCGCGGGACGUCAAUAUUCUAUGAUCUAGGGAUCAACAACUUACUCGAAGCAGAAGCCUUAAAUGAGUACGCGACACUUUUGGCUCUCAAAAUAGACGACAAUUCUGGCUGUCCCGAGUACAACGAAUGGACCGCGAUGGUCAUUGGGGCCCUUGAGAGAGCCGUGAGGCUGACAAAGGAGGUGUGUAAUAAGGACGACCGUUGCGGUGGUUCUCAAGAUAGGCAGAUGUAUGUCGAGUCAAGCUGGUCUCAUGAACCGAUCACGAUGAGGUCGUCAGCGAGUUUCCAUGAGCGGAUACCGGAGAUGCUCCAGCCCGCAAAGCUGGCGGAGAUGUAUGAGGAGUUUGUCACCAAGAAUGCCAGCUCGGGCGAUUCCGGGAAGCAGAGCUGGCAUCAGAAUCGAUUCACUCUGGGGUUCAACUACUUUCUCUAUACCAUGAUUCCCUCGUCGCGCGAGUUAUUUCUCGUCUUCCUCUUUCUCAACCACGCCCCGCUCCGAGCCCGCAUACUCGAUAUACCAAAUACUGGAGCUUCCAAUCGCGCCUAUAUCAUAGAGCCUCUAGUCAGCCCACCACUUCCAGAAAGAGAAGUCGACCCAAGACAGUCAGAGGAGGAUGAUAGCGGCGAUUUUAAUGGCAUGGAAACGCCGCCUAGCGAAAGAUCCGAGUCGACAGAUUUAAGCUGGACAAUGCCUCGAACAGGGAUGUCGUUGCCAAAUCUACCUGAUGCAAAUGACAUCUCUUCAUAUCUUACCUCUAAAGUUUUGACCGCGGAUGAUGUCAGAUCUCCGCAGACGCUGUUGCAUCGCGUCUCAGGGAUGGGUCAACUCGCCGAAGUGCUGUACAUUCUGCGACCACUCAUUUACGCGAUUGCAUUGCAGAGAUAUAGAGCACAGAAGAAGAGCUGGACUCCAUGGCUCAUUGGUUUUGGCAUGGAAUUUACUUGCCGCCAGCUUGCCAAAAAAGAAUUCCGCGACAGGAUUGCCGGUGGUCUACGCGGUCUAUCGAAACUGGAGAGGGAAGAGCUCAGUAAGAGAGGAUGGAGUAUGGGAUGGUGGGCUAUGAGAGGCGCCUUCUAUGAGAACAUUACGAAGUCGUGGAUAAAAUCUGUUACCGACUCACUACGUGACAAACCUCUACUCGGCCUUGUUGGCAGCGUUGUCGAGGACUAUGAAUACCUCUGGGACAACUACUACUUCUCCACUGCCACGAUGUAG